AUGAAGUGCUUCGCCCCUGCCUUCGGUGGCAUUCUCGCCGCCUUCAUGCUGGGUAGUCAGAUCGGCCAUGCUGCACCUUCUACCUUUUCUGCGCGAGACAACUCACAAGCCAGUACUGAUGCCGCUGUCAAGCAAGCCGAUCUCGGCCCCAUUCACAUCCUCUUCCAGAACGAUCUCAGCACGAACGCUUCAACCGGAGCCCUUCUCCUUCCACAGGCGGUCGCCCCGAAUAGCGCUUCGCAGAUCUGUCAGCGUCUAGGCGAGAGCUUGUUCCCCUUCGACGAGUCGCUCCAAGGUGGUAUCGGAUCGGACCUGGUCUCCCAGUUCGACUAUUUGCGAUAUGCGGGCACGAUCGGCUGGUGGGACACCUUCUGGCUUGAUGGCGGUGAUAGCAAUGUGGUUGCGUACAAGGCUAGUCGUGGCGCUGUUCGGAGCUAUGGUCACGGUGAGAAGCUGGGCGUCCUUUGCACGCACACUGCCAAGCCGACUGUGGUGUCACGCACCAACUCGUACGCUGACCAAGAGGAAGGCUCUGUGGAGGCUGACAAGCGGGUUUCUGUCCAGGCUGGCGAUUAUACGCUUACGGGAUUUCGAGACAGGCGAUCGUGGAGAUUCUUAGGUAUUCCAUUCGCAGACGCACCCGUAGGAGCCAAGCGAUUCAUGCACGCUACCGCUUACACGGGCGACAAGAUCCUCGACGCUACAAAAUACCGCAACGCCUGUGUCCAGGCAACUACCCCGCUCGGCCCCACGCCUUUGGGCGAAGACUGCCUCAACCUCAACAUUUACACUCCUACACUCGGAUCGUCCGGCAAGAACGGGCUCAAACCUGUCCUUGUCGCCAUCUACGGUGGAGCGUUCAUCUCUGGUCGCAACGCACUCCAUUCGUACGACGGUGGCAAUCUCGCUUCUCGCUCCGACAUUGUCGUCGUCAUGAUCAACUACCGUCUCGGUGCACUGGGCUGGCUCGCUUCGGCUCAAGACCUUCCGGGCAAUGCCGGGCUGAGCGAUCAGAUCCUGGCUUUGAAAUGGGUCAAGCGACACAUUGCUGCUUUUGGAGGUGAUCCGGAUCGGAUCACGAUCGGCGGCCAGUCGGCAGGUGCUCAGAGUGUCUCAGCGUUGCUCUCUAGUUCGCACGCCAAGGGAUUGUUCAGGGCAGCAUUCAUGAUGUCCAAUCCCUGGAUACCCUGGGCGAGUCGAUCGGUGCAGACCAAGUACGUUACACCUGCCGUGGCGGGUAGUUUGGGAUGCCCUACAAGUGGAAAAGAGAUGGUCGAAUGUUUACAGAAAGUGCGAGACCCUGCCAAAUUUGUGCAAGGAGAACCAUUUACGAAUGCGACUAAUGCGAUCACAGUUGCGCUGUCCAAGGCAGCUGACUCCAGUCUCUUCUUAUCGUCGCUGGAACCUUUUUUGCCUACACCGGACGAUUUGCUCGACGAUCACAUCUUCUACCUCGCUGGCAAUGGCACCAUCCCGAAUCGAGUGCCGAUUCUGGUAGGAACAACUUCGGGAGAAGGAACGCCCUUCAUCUAUUCCGAGCUUAACGAAACCAUACCCAAUUCGCAAGCUGCACUCGAUAAAACUUUCACUCUUCUCUACGAUCCCGAAUUCAUUCCCCAACUCGACCAGUCGGGCUUCUUCAAGCUCGACGCUUCUAACAACGACAGUGUACGGGAGGUGGUGAGCACCGCUUUCAUGUACAACUUUUUCACGUGCCCCACCCAACGUAUCGUGAACACGGCACAGCAGACAGGUCAGUUUCCCAAAGUAUACCUGUACGAGACUGAUUCGGGCUACACAAAUACAGAGGAUGUGCCAGCCAAGUGCGCAGCGGAAGCGACAGGCGUACAAGUGUGCCAUGGCGACGAUCUCAAGAACGUCUUCGGAUCUCUGAAUUACGAAGGUCUCGAGGUGUCCCGUGAGUAUCUGGAUUUUGUUAGCUACACCACGGAUGCGUUUAGCGCUUUUGUGCGAUCCGGAACGCCCAACCCAAGCGAUGCUUAUUUGAAGGCGCGAGGUAGGAGCUAUACGUACACGCACAAUGUUCAGCGCCACAACCCAUGGAAGGCGUUCAGGGAACCACUGUUGCAGGACUCCGAGCAGAAGACGCAGUAUCUAUCUGCGCCAAACGGCGUAACGAGAGGUGCGGUACCGCAUAGAGAGGCAUGCGAUUUCUUUGUCAGCAACGGAAAGCUGACAAAUCAGAAGCUGGACAACUCUCUCUAG